AUGAGUAUUAUAGAUAUCGGUUCUAGGACCGAGGUUUGCGACAUACAUUCUUCCGAAAAUGAUUUUCGAAUGCCCUCUCAGGUAUUAGAUGAGAAGACUUGCAAAAAACUAAAAGUGCCUUUACAAGAGUCUCGACUACGUCCUACAGCUGUUCCUACACAAUUUCUUGAUCUGCCCUCUUAUUUAUCUGGUCCCCUUACAACAUAAUGUCCAGAGCAAAAGAGGAUGUUGAGAGAGUGUGCUGUAAUAGAUGAAGCCAUUACAGUCAGUUUUAAAGAACAUGAGGAAUAUGAAAAGACCAGAAGUUUCUCAUUUGAAGAACACAAAU